UCGAUGACGCCUUCCGGCGCGACGCGGGGGGCGGCCGGCCGGAGGUAGCGGCGGCAUGUUGCAGCCGCGGUGGCCGCUCGUCGGCCUCGUCGCCCGCUGCGCCCGCACCGCCCGCCUGGGCCCGCGUCCCCCCGGGCCCGCAGAGGCUCCCCCGGCUGCCGGUGACCCGGCCGGGAGCGGAGCGGGGCGGCGGGGCCUGCUGAGCCUGCUAGCGCGGCAGUGCAGCUGCGUGACGGGGCAGCGGGCCCGGCGGGGCCGGCGGGCCUGGCACCGCGGCGGCGGCGACGGGGCGGCGGAGCGGGCGAGGCGAGGCGGCGGCGGCGGCGGCGGGGGGUGGUGGUGGGGUUGGGGGGGGCGGGUGGUGGUGGUGGUGGUGGUGGCGGGGGCCGCUCCGGGGCCGCCCCGCUUUCGCCCGCACCGGCCGCUUCAUGGCGACUCUGGCCGGUGUCUUCGUCUGGGACGGGCAGCGCAUCGAGGAGGAGGAGCUGCAGCGGUCCGCGCAGGAGAUGAAGCAGAUGGAGAACAUCGCCAGCCUCCUCCACGGCGGCAACCCGGGUGACCGUCAACGGCCGGAUCCCAAAUCGGAGCGAGAGGCGCUCGCCCUUCCCGGGGAACAGCCCUGGGAGAUGAUCAUGGACAAGAAACACUUUAAACUCUGGCGGCGGCCCAUCGAAGGCACCCAUUUGUACCAGUACCGAGUGUUCGGGUCGUACACGGACGUGACCCCCAGGCAGUUCUUCAACGUCCAGCUGGACACGGAAUAUCGAAAGAAAUGGGAUUCGCUGGUCAUCAAACUGGACGUCAUCGAGAGAGACCUGGCCACCGGAUCGGAAGUGAUUCACUGGGUCACGCAUUUCCCGUACCCCAUGUACUCGCGAGACUACGUCUACGUCCGCCGCUACAGCGUGGACAAAGAGAACAACCUGAUGGUGCUGGUUUCGCGGGCGGUGGAACAUCCCGGUGUUCCCGAAGAUCCCGAAUACGUUCGGGUCAGAACCUACGUCCAGAUGGUCAUCCGUCCCCACAAAACCUUCGACGAGAACGGUUUCGACUAUUUGCUGACCUACAGCGACAACCCCCAGACCGUCUUCCCCCGUUACUGCGUCAGCUGGAUGGUCUCGAGCGGAAUGCCGGAUUUCUUGGAAAAACUGCACACGGCGGCUCUGAAAGCCAAGAAGAUGGAGCUGGAAGUGCGGGACUAUCUGGCUGCCAAACCCCUGGAGAGCGGGGAGGGCAAAGCCGGCGUGGCGACCCCCCCGGACCACAAGGCCGAGGAUCCCCGGGGCCCUGCCCAGCUGGAAUACGCUUGAGGAACCCCCCCCCCUAAUUCCCCAUUCCUUCGGGAUCCAUCGGAAUUUCCAGGGGUAGUCGGUUGGGUUUUUUUUUCCUCCCCCCCCCUCCCGGUUUCGUCUCCAGGAUGGGGGCGUCGGGGCGGGGGGGGGGAUCCCGUGGGGGAUCGGACACGCGGCGGCUCAUCCCAUUUUCCCCAUUGGUAAAUAUUUCUCCGCACCCAGCCCCCCCCCCCAGCCCCGACCGUCGCCGACAGGAAAAAAAAAAUUCCCCCCCCCCCCCCCAAAAAAAAAAACCCACAAAACCCCCCCGUUUUCUCCCGGCACGGACGGAUUCUGCCCCCAUCGUCCCCCCGUCUCUCUUCGGACUCUGAACCCCGAAGAUUUUUUUUUUGGGGGGGGGACGGGACGGUCUGGCUCACAUCCCUGGGGGGGGGGGGGGGCCCCACUUCAAACUGGUGGCCCAAACUGGGGCGAAAAUGCUAUUUUUGGGGGGGGGGGGGUUGGGUUUGGUUUUUCUUUUUAGCUGCUUGCCGGGGGGGCGGGGGGGGCACCUUUUUGGCGGUGCUAACCUGGGUGACCGUGACACCCCCCCCGCCCCCUCCCCGUCACCGUGACGCCCCCCACCCCCCCGCCACCGGUGCCGGUACCGAUCCCGCCGGAUCGUGGCAGGAGGAAUUUGGGGGGGGGGGGGACGGACGGCGUCGGGGAAUGCCGUAGGAGCAGCCAAAUAUUAAUAAACCUUCUGGCGGGGGGGGGGGGGGGGGGGGGCCCGUGUGUGUGUGUCGUGUCCCCCCCCCCCGGGGCUUCUAAUUAGCGUCCCGCCUUAAUGAACACCCCCCCCCACCCCCCCGGGGGCUCUGGCGGGUGGGGUCCCCCUCCCCAAUUUGGGGGUUUUGGCCCCUGCGGCGGCGUUAACUGGAAUCCCUUCCCCCCCCCCCCUCGGGCUUUAAUCACGCCCCCCCCCCGGAAUAAAUUUAUGAUAAAUAUUAA